AUGAGUCAUGCGUACCGCUUUACAGAGUACAAGGAUAUCUCGGCGCUAACACCCUCACUAUCCGAAAUUUUGCAAACCGGUGGAGAGUAUGAGAUCUCAGAGGCAAUCGAUCAGUUUGCAGACACUUUACCAAGCGAGCAUAGACUUGGUCUUCAGGAUGGAGAACACACGUUUAUGAACCGAGUGCUAUCACCGUUUUUAUCGGUCACGUUUUCUGCAAGGAGUAACAAGCUGUUGAAAGGAAACACCGAGCAUGAGUCUGCCAACGAGUACAAAACAGAUCACAAGCAAGGAGUCCGCAGUGAUUUUUACGUUGCUUUGCCUUUUCCUCAUCUGGGGACGUCAUGUGUGGGCCUUAUUGGUGAGGUCAAGCCUCCCGAGAAGGCUCAGAUCGAGCAACUCGAGCUUCAAGACCAGUGGAAGCUAUUUCGAAUGAUGAAAAGCGAGAUUGAUUUACAGAUCAAAAAAGGUGUCCCGGAGCCAGUUGUGUGGGGAUGUCAGAUCUUUGGCUACGAUUUGACAUUCUAUCUGAUGGAUAUGAGAGUGCCACAAGUCUACUGUCUGUUGAAGGUGUUUACAGGAACAUUGCCUAAAUCCAUCCAGGAUUUGUCAGGAGGACUCUAG